AUGUUCGUUCUCCCCCCGCCCCCACGAUACCCUCUCAAUGGCCAAUAUGGCGCUGGCGGUAUCAACCCUCUGGUACCUGCGAUCGAGACCAACAAUUCGCUUUCCAAUCCGACUGGACCUGAAUGGCAAUUUCUUGUCGGAGAAGGAACAUAUGUCUUGAAGGAGGAUCUUCAUCUUGCAACGCCGCCUCCGCACCCUUCUGAAGCACCUAUUAUAAAUCCCAAUCCAUUAUCAACAGCUCCACAGCCGGCAUCAGCCGGAACAAAGGUGUCACUUCUUAGCCUCGAUGGUCGCUCGAACCCGUCCAUGGUCUUCAAGAAUCCGCUGGCAUUCGUGGGGAAUGGGAACAGCUCUAGCAUUCAGGAACACCCUAGCGAAAGUCGCCUUUCGGCAGAGAGCAAGUUUAGCAGCGAAGAUAAACUAAGCACAUCUAUAAGCGAUGCGCCAGCAACGUCUGUCACCCUCGGGUCUGCGCCGGCCUUUGGAGAAGGCAAUGCUCUUCUCGUCCCAGUGCCUCUCAAGGACGGAAACAAGCGAAGGAAGCCAAAGAACAAUAUGACUAAGAGCAAUUCAUCUUUCAUUUCUCGCGUCAUCGUCGAUGAGAGCCUGAAUAGGAAGCUGACCGACCGGCCGGCUGAUGGACUCUUCGCUUUCGCCAACAUUAACAGAGCUUUUCAAUGGAUUGACCUCUCCUCGGCUACGAAACAGGAUUAUUUGACCAAGAUUUUGUUUACCAAGGCGCACUGUCUAUGUCAUGAUGUCAACCUCAUUACCAGGAGCUCCUCGCACAUCGACAUCAUCAUGGGCUUUUCCACUGGCGAAAUCAUAUGGUGGGAGCCUAUCUCCCAACGAUAUACUCGACUAAAUAAGAAUGGAAUCAUCAACAGCACACCGGUGUCCGAAAUCACAUGGAUCCCCGGUUCUGAGAAUCUGUUCCUGGCGGCUCAUAUGGAUGGGUCCUUGGUUGUGUAUGACAAGGAGAAGGACGAUGCUCAAUUCAAUCCGGAGGACGAGGCCUCCGGUGCGCCAAACGGAACCGACGGAGAAAACGGCGCAGCCUCCAAGACGAAGGGGAAUAAGAUACAGGUCGUCAAGUCUGUCCACUCGAAAAACCAAAAGACAAAUCCAGUAGCAGCAUGGAAAUUAUCCAAUCAACGAAUCAACGCAUUUGCCUUUUCGCCUGAUAACCGGCAUCUCGCCGUAGGGUCGGAGGAUGGGACGUUGAGGAUUAUUGACUAUCUUAAAGAGGAACUCCUGGACCUUUUCUACUCGUAUUAUGGAAGUCUUACCUGUGUCUGUUGGUCACCAGACGCGAAAUAUGUCCUCACUGGUGGACAAGAUGAUUUGAUUUCAAUCUGGUCGGUAGCUGAUUCAGCACUAGUUGCGCGGUGCCAAGGACAUCAGUCAUGGGUUUCCUCGGUUGCUUUUGAUCCUUGGAGAUGCGAUGACCGUAACUACCGCUUCGGAAGCGUCGGAGAAGAUGGACGACUAUGCUUGUGGGAUUUCAACGUCGGCAUGCUGCAUCGCCCAAGAGCCCUUUCUGUGCGUCAUCGGGGAUCUAUCUCUUCCCGAUAUACUGCGUUGCAACGAGCCGAGACUUCCACUACCGCGGCAUCACACCUUCGCUCAAACUCAAAUCUCGAAACCGAAGAUGAUGAAGAGGAUACGGUCUCACAUCCUGUUGAGCCUCGGGCUAGAAUCCCAAUCCUCCCACCAGUCCUGAACAAGAGCAUCGAUACUCAUCCUGCCUGCUGGCUCGAUUUCACCGAAGAUGCCAUUAUCACAAGCUGCAAAUCAGGACAUAUCCGCACGUGGAAUAGACCUGGGAUCGAACCAAUUCCAGGAUCUGCUCAAAAGAGUGGGUGA